AAUCAAUUUGUAAUGCUGGAUUUCAAGUAUGUUGAUGUCGCUUGCAUUAAAGAUGGACUACUUGGGGUAUUUGACGGCUGGGAGCUGGAUGGGCAGCUCUUUCCAAACGAGGAAGACCACCCUCAAGAGUUUGACAGGCGCUAUAAAACGUAUUGCGGUGACGACAAGCCGAAUAAAAUAUUUAUAUCGUCUCAAAACGUCGCGAUGGUACAGCACCGGAUUCCUGUGGCUGGUGGAUUUUCCGUUCAUGUGAAGUUCGUUCCAAACCCAAAACCGUGCAACGUAAUCGCCAGAUUGCCCAACGGACACUACUCUCUUCGAAACUGGGGACGCGCUCUUAACUGCAGCUUUUCGAUGAUCUAUCCGGAGCGAGUGCGCGUGCGCGAGCUCACUGUCGGCGAGCGGGAGUACACCGGUGUCGCCGCCCAGGUGCGGCGAUCCCCUAUACUCGGACAGUGCGCUAAGCGCGGAAUGAAAGAUUACGUCGAGUUCAGGGCAGGCAAUGGCUUGGAUCCGAAGAAAAUGGGCUACAGUUUUCAAAUGUGUGGAGUUGCAACUGCUACCACAAAAAAACUGGAAGUGCCACUUGGCUGCGGAAACUCGGUUGUACGUCUCGUGUCAAGCGGUGAUUUCUACAACUCAGUCGACUUUGAAUUCGCGAUAUUGGAGCCGGGAGAAUCGAUGAUUUCCGCCUGCACACCGUGAAAUGGUACAAAGCAUCGCUUCACAAUUUCUCAGUCCGUACGGACGUUACCCGCAAAUUAUUGAAUGUUUUUAGCCAUCCCUGGCAUAUUGGUAUUAUAUACACAGUUACGAUCAUACUGUACGCUUAUGGUUCGUAACUUUCUCGCUAUUUCUCGCGAACUCUCGAUCAUCUAGAUGCUAUCCGACGUUCAUAUGAUGACAGGCAACGAUUAUAUAAUGGCACAAGUAAUGCGUAUAGCAUAAACGUUUACAGUGUUGUCAGCCAAUUGGCGUUCUGUAACUACGCGUUCACAUGUUAUAUGUACUGAGUGAGUCUUUUGAUGAACAUUAUUAAAGCAUUUCACCCUACGGCGUUAACUGUAAUUUGCAUAUUUAUUCAUUUGUUCGUGCGAUUAACCUGAAUAGGUCGCGUGUGCAUAAGUUUCAUUGUAAACUAAAAUUGAAUAUUGCCGGCGCAUAUUUUUAGCUGUUGUUAUAUUGCAAUUGAAUGCAUGCUUAUAGGGCUCUUAUAUCUAUACCAUCUCUUCUGAUAUAUAAUUAUUGCCAUUAGAUGGAUUUCAUAUUUACACGUUAUUCCACAAUCGCGAUCUAAUGUGAAUCGGCUGGUAUGUGUUUCGUCGCGCCAAAAUAACGCAACGUAAAACAAAAUACAUGGAUUUCUUGUGUUUUCGUGUAAGAGUGAAUGUUUAAUGAGCCGAGCUUAGAGCACGAAUGGAAAACUAUGACAUCAUUGGAAUACGAUUAGAAUUGCGUUCUUACUAGCGUGCUCCGUGUGUUUUCUCAACGUAUGCUUCUACUAUAUCUUGUGUUUGAUAACAGACCGAAGCGUAUUGUAAUUUAAACCUAUAUGUUUAACUGCUA